ACAAAGUAGAUAAUCUAAUAAUUACCCUAAAUUCAGGAAAGAUAAAUGUAUUCUUCUUAGAGUCGCAUAGAUAGGAAUUCCGUUUGUUAGAGAAUCGCAAAGAGAGGCGGCAAACAUUUUAGUCUGUUUAAUAGGAUAGAUAAACAACGCCCACGUCGAGAAAGCGUCAAGUUCAUAAGCUUUUAGUGUGCAUUAUCAGUGACAAGUGUUAAUAGCCUUAUCUAUCAGUUAAGUGAAUUACACAGGAUCAAUAAGUGGUCAUGUUAAUUUGCAUGUUACUCAGAAGCAGCUGCCAGUCAGUUGGCCUUUAAACUGCAAACGGUUAACAUCUAAAAUGGCUGACAAUACAACAAAUUAUAGCAGCAUUCAGUUUGACUUUAGUCAAUGGGAUUUUCCCGCAGAGCGCAUUUGGUUGCACAAAUCAAUAGUGAAUAUAUCCUGGAAGAUCUGUACAUUUGUGCCAUUGAUCGCAUUCGGUUUAUAUGGUAACUUUAUACUGAUCUAUCUGAUAGUCACGACUCGAUCACUGCGAUCACCAACCAAUAUGAUUAUUGCUAACAUGGCUUUAGCUGACUUUUUUACGCUUCUCAUCUGUCCAACAAUGUUCAUGAUCAACGACUUUUAUCAGAACUAUCAGUUGGGUGGUGUCGGUUGCAAGCUGGAAGGUUUCCUCGUGGUUGUAUUUUUGAUCACCGCCGUGUUGAACCUCUCAGCGGUUAGUUAUGAUCGUCUGACAGCCAUAGUGCUGCCACAGGAGUCGCGUCUGACGUUGCGAGGGGCACAAAUAGUGAUCGGUUGCACUUGGCUGGCGGGUGUGAUUCUUGCACUCCCCUUGGCCAUCUAUCGGGUGUACAAGGUGCGCAUUUGGCGUAAUUUCACAGAGCGUUAUUGCAAGGAGAAUACAAAUGUGUUGCCCAAAUAUUGGUAUGUACUGAUCACAGUAUUGGUAUGGCUGCCACUUGGCAUUAUGCUCAUCUGCUAUACGGCCAUCUUCAUCAAGCUGGAUCGCUAUGAGAAACGUGUUUUAAGUCGCGAGCAUCCGUUAAGUGUCAGCUACAAACGCAGUGUGGCCAAAACACUUUUCAUUGUGGUUAUUGUUUUUGUGGUGCUGCGUUUGCCCUUCACCAUUCUGGUGGUGCUGCGUGCCAAGUAUUACGCCACCGACACCACCGUUGACAGUGGCAUGAAACUCUUUUGGUACAUCUCGCAGUAUCUCAUGUUUGUCAAUGCCGCCGUCAAUCCCAUUAUCUAUGGCUACAACAACGAGAACUUCCGACGUGCCUACCACCAAAUAUCGUGGAUUAAUCGAACCAAAACCAAGCGAAUCCAUCGUUGUUUCUAUUGUGAUUUCAUAAAACGCAAAAACACCAACAACGCAACUAGAAAUGCAGUGCAGGAACUGGAAAAUGAGAUAUCACAGUCCACAGCAAAGGAAACUAAAAAACUGGAGGAAACUUCACAGCUAUAUGGAAAUCCAAAUGAUUCGUUGGUGCCACAAGUAGAUGGAGAGGGUUUCAUUUAAACUCUGUCCAGUAAUCAUAUCAAAAUCUUCAAAAACUAGCAGCACAUCAAAGUUAAGUUUAACACAAUGAAGAUUGAAUAUACUUGCGGUCACUACA